AUGGGGGCCUCAGGAUCGAAGGGCAGCAAGGAAGAGUUCACGUACGAAGACUCGGACGAGGGCUUCACGGAGGCCUUGAAGGUCAACCUCCAGCGGCUCAUCGCGUACGCCAAGAGCGCCGACGCCAGCUUGCAGAGAGAAGUCGCCGAGAAGCUCGCGAACGAAGCGGUCAAGCCGGAUCGCCAAGUGCAAAUUGUCGAGCUCGAUGGCCUCCAGCUGCUCUUGCCCUUGACGCAGUCCAAGGACACGGAGGUGCAGCGCCUCGCCGCUCAUGCGCUCGCAAACCUCUCCGUCAACUCGGACAACCAAACCAAGAUGGCGAACGAAGGCGGCAUUGACAUGCUCAUCGAUCUCUUGGCGUCGGACAACGAACACGUGCAGCGCCAGGCGGCGAAAGCCCUGGCGAACCUUGGCGUCAACGUCGACAACAAGGAAAAGAUUGCCAAGGCGGGCGGGAUCAAGCCACUCAUCAAGUUGGCGUGCUCCAAGCAAGUCGGCGUCGCCGUCGAGGCCAUUGCCGCGCUCGCCAACUUGGCUGUCAACGAUGCGAACGAAGUGGAAAUUGCACGUGAAGGUGGCUUGGAACCGAUCAUUCGCGGGGCCAAGUCGGACUCGAUGGAGCUGCAGUCGCAGGUCGCGCGUGCGCUGCGCAACCUGUCCGUCAAUGCUGAGAACAAGGAGCUCAUCGUGCGCCUUGGCGGCGUUGACGCGCUGCAGUUUCUCGUGCGUUCGCCCAACGACCGCAUUUGCCAGCAAGCCACGCGCGCGCUUGUGAACCUCGGCGUGAGCACGUCAGAUUAG